UAGUAUAUCAUUAUUAUCAACACAUCUUAUUUUCAGAAAAUGAAAUUUACAUUAUUUUUCGUCUGUCUUAUACCGUCAAUAUUUUCCAAACCUACCCAUUUAGAAGAAUCUGGAGUUCCUGAAGCACAGCUUUUAGGGUCUACUAAUCCAGAAAGCUUGGAGCAAAUACCUCUGGAUAAACGGGGAAUAGUUAGAGAUUCUCCAAGUUUGACGAGUAGUUUAAAGUCCAAGCUUGCCAAAUAUAUCUCUCAACGUGAACGAAGAAGCCAAUCAAUGGCUUUAGAUAAAAGAGAUCCCUGGACCUCUGCUUGGGCCAAUAUUCUUUAUAAACCAAAAAGCUUGACGAAGGGGCGGGAUACAAAGCGAAGUGCCUGGGGAACACCAUGGGAGAGCUUUCUCAAGUCUCAGCAAGGUUUCCGUUUAAAUGAUGGGGAUAACAACUUCCUAAACAAUGCCGUUAUGUACAAGAGAGGAGAAAGAAGGCAUAUCCAGGAACUCAAUUCUGUUCCAAUGAUUGGUAAAAGAGAUCCUGAAGUUUACAGUUUCGAUGAAGAUGAUGAUAGCAACUGGGAUUAUGACAACUGGUUUGCCAACUUUGAUAACGAGGACUGGGAUUCUCAUUUUCAGGAGGACGGACCAAUCUUUGCUGACGCAUCCCUGAACAAUCCUCACUCGGGUUCAGUAGUCAUCCCCAGACCUCACAGCAGAUCCAAUCCAACAACAGAACGCGGCACUCUCGCUACCGGUGACUCAUCCAGCAACCAGCCGACUCGACGCAACUGGUUUAGUAGGAUGAGAGCCUUAUCUGGCGUUCCACCCAAAAACUUCGGCUCUCAUUUCUGGAUGCUGGAUACAAUGUAAUACUAUUAAUUGAUUAUUAUUAUUCAUUAAUAAUUGUUUUAUUAAUGAUUAAAUUUAAACUUUUUUGUCAUAAACUAAAUUUGGUUUAAUGUUUAUAGUAAGCAUUGCCAAAAAUGUUUUCUCAAACUCUUAUUUAUUCACAAUUGUUUAUAUGAUGCAACAAAAUUUGACAUAAUGUGACGUGAAAAUGUGAUGUGAGUUUACGCAUGUAUGUUUACAAAAUAAGACGUUGUAUGUAAUUUAUUUAAUAAAGAUAUGA